UUGCGCACUUUAGGGUAUUUUCGUAAUUUAAAAGGGCAAUUCCGACAUAAGAAGUCGGCGUUCUGUUUCUCUCCCUUCCUUUCUCCUUCCAAUGGAUUCAACUCUCCUCUCAAUUCCUCCCAAUCCCUAACCCUAGAAUUAAAAUCCAGGGAGAGAAGGGGAGAGAAAGGUUCUAAAUUUUGCAUUUGGGAACCAAUUAAUUUUAUUUUUUAUUGAGAGAAACCCAACUAGAAGAAGAGGAAGAAGCUCAGAUUUGCAAUGCCAAUUUUCCCCAAUUCAACCCAAUUCAAUUCCAUUCCCGUCCCGUUCCUUCAUUCGAUUACACCCCAUAAGUAUUGCUUGAUUUGAAAGCCAAUCAAAUGAUUUCCAAUCCAAACCUAAUCCUCUACGCCUGCGUUGGCAAAGGGACAACAAUUCUCGCCCAAUUCACCAGAGAGCCCGAUCUCGAACGCUUAGCUCUACAAUGCCUUGAAAAAACCCCACCUCUCCACUCGAUGCACUCUCAUACCGUCAGGAAAAGAACCUACACGUUCUUAAUCCAAGACCCUUUUGUCUAUUUCGCAAUAUUCGAUGAGGAAUUGGUGAAAUCGGAGGGACUUUGGUUCCUAAACCGCGUAAAAUGCGAUUUCGAGGAGGUUGUCGAAGGCGGGGCUUUAAAGGGUUUGGAUAAUCUUAGCUCUCAUUGCCUGCAAAAGCAAUGUCAUCCCAUUUUUCGCGAAGCAAUGGCGUUGGAUUUUACCUUGGAGAAUGCUUCUCCAGCGAGUGAUUUGACCAAGGGUAGUCGGAAUUCGAGUUUGGACUCGUCGAAAGGAAUGAAGAUGGUGAUGAUACCGCUCUUGCCCUGUUCGAAUCGGGGUAAAGUGUCAAAGAAGAAGAAGAAGAUGAGUGGGGAGGGUAAUGAGGAUGCUAAAGAUGCUACAUCGGAGAAUAAGGCGGACGUGUAUGGUGCUAGUAGUGAUGGUGUGUUCAGGGAUUUUUCGUUGCCGGUGCAUAAGAGUUGCGCGAAUGAUCACCGGCAAAAGGCAAAGCAGAUUUGGAGGAAACAUGUGUGGGUGGUGUUGUUGCUGGACUUGUUUGUGUGCGUGAUUUUGUUUGCGGUAUGGUUGUGGGUUUGCCGGGGAUUUGAGUGUCUUGCAGGUUGAGUUGGGAUUGAAACUUGGUUGUAUGACAAAGGACUUAAAUGGGGCAAGUGGUGCAUGAUGAUUGAUGAUGAGGAUGUACAAGUAAGUGUUGUUGAUUGCUUCUGUUCGUAAUUUUUCGGGGUUUUGUUUUUUCUUUCUUUUUUUCCUGUGAAAUCCUUGUAUGAAUUUGAAGACAAGUAAUAUAGCUCGUACAGUUCAGUUAUAGAUACGCUCUCAUGUAAUGUGUUAAAUUGUGUUAUACCUACAGAUUUUUUACUUGUGCA